AUGAACUUGCACUUAUUACCCAAAUUAAUCGGUGAUCAAGAUAUUCUAGGCGAUAAUGACGUGAUAGAUGAAGACGAAUCCAUUAAAUCACAACUCGACGAAGAUCAAGACGAAGUGUUCUUAUACAAUAUUGGGGUGCUCAUUCAACACAUGUUUGGUAAAGUAAUGACAGGAGCAUUUGAAUUAAAACCAGAAGAUAUUGGUAUUACAGCAAUUGAUGUCUCAGAACAACACUGGUUUAAACUAAGAUCCAUGUAUUUGUCCACACAAAACUACAAGUCAUGGCUAUUAAUUCUUGGAACUGUUCGUUUAAUGAAAUCUUAUUACGAUUUGAAGCAAAUCACUCAGAAACAAUCAAAUGAUCCCCAGGCAAGCUUCUUGUUAUUUUCAACUGGAUCAUCAGGAAAGAAUAAAAGACAAAAAUUGGGCACUAUAGCUGAUUCAAUAAGUAAUUCCAAUAGUGCCCUUGAAUUUUGUAAUAAAUUGAUACAUGCAAAAGACUCCCCUGAUACCCAAUUACUAGGAUUAAAAUUGUUGAUAUUCUACCUCGAAUUAUUCUCUUCUGUGGCACCAAACAAAGAACAUAAAGAGCAACCAGAGGAAGUAAUAGAAGAUAGUGUUGACACCACAAUGGGAGAUAAUACCACUUUUGAUUUUAUGGUUGCGAGUCUGGAUGAUAUAUCAUUUGAUAAGAAUGUUGUUCUUAAGAAUAUAUUAGCAACGUUUGAUGAUAAUUCAAUGAACUUCUGGAGUCUUCUAUCUGCAAGAUCCAUAAUCACUGAUUCCAUUUCCCAGAUUGGCUCAUCGAGAAUAAAAUCCUCUCAUGCUAGUCAGUUAUUGAAAUUGUCAUUACUCCUUCUCAAAGAAAACGAAAGUUUCAUCAAUUGCUUGUAA